UACCAGCCACGGUUCGGCACCGUACUAGUAGUCGCUUGUGAUGUUGAUGUCCUGCAUCCGGUCUAUGUUGUCUUCCCUCCUUUGACUAAUAAGCAUAAAAAGAAACACCCAUGUGCUUGCAUCAAGAUGGUAGAAACGGCAGGAGCAACCAACAAUGAGAGGAAUGCCGACUUGAUAUUAAAUAAUCUGCACUACCGAGCGAGUCUACUCUAUUUGAAGUAUACCAACCGCAAUGUGCGAUCCCUUCUGGAGAUCUUUUGGAUGAUUCUGGCCGUCAGUGGCUUUGCCGCUCUGAUUUGUCUGCAUCUGGCUUUUGUGUACCGAGGCAAUCCAGCACCAGUUGCUGCAUUCCGCAAUGUCAGCCAUCACAAUCCACUUCGAAAUAUACCCGCAUCCUGUCUAUCCAGUAUCGAUGGCUUUCGAAGCACUUCCGACAUUACACAUCUAAUCCUGCUAGAAGAUGACGAACCACAAGAAAGCAUCGCUUGGGAACUGGGUACCCAAGAAUGCCUCGCAUUGGAAAAGGAUCAAAAUCAGCCAUCCUGUCGUGUUGCCAAAAUGAUGCAAUACUCCUCCAACUUUGCCGGCAGGGUACAAUUCACAUACGCCAAAACGAAGGGAUAUGCUCUCCUUUCUCCAGACCUCUCAGAACCUCUUAGAGCGCAUGGCAUCUCCACACAGAUUGUGGCCGUCUCCAAGACUGAUGUACGCUGUUUUGGAGAGCCGUUCCUGCAAACCGCAAUCUUCCACGUACUCGGACACGAUCUGGUCAUGAUGAACUGGCUACUCGCCAUUAGCAAUGGUACUGGGUAUGUCCACAAUCCACGGACGGAAGAGACGGUGGACUUGGGAAAAUUAAACAUUCUCAACGUGCGAAACACUAGGGCAAGACCCACCGGGGACUUUGGAGCCUUGUUUGGAUUGGUACCUUGGAUCCGGCCAUGGGCGUCCAAGGUUAGAACAGUCAUCAAGACAUGUCUCAUAUACUUUAUCAGCACCAACCUGGUCUCAUUUCUCCUUCGAGUGGCUCAAGAAAGCUUGCUAGAGCUAGCUUUGCAAAUACGCAGUCAUCAAGAGGAAAACAGAUCGAUCAUCCCCCUCUUUGUCACACACGUGGCGGAUGCGUUUGUGUUUGUGCCAAUCACUGUAGGGGUUCUAUUCUAUCUACGAGAGUUCUACCAAGGUGACUGGGUCAUCGCUUUGUCGGUGCUUGGGAUUGUCUUUGUUGGCGAACUGUUUUCAUUUGUCAGUGUCAGGACUGCUCAAGGAAUCUUCUUCUUUCCAAGGGCUUUCUUCCUCCUCUUCUUCCUUGUGCACUCGUACAUUUUCAGCUUCCCAUUUGCUUUUUCGAACUUGGCCAUGUUCAUGAUUAUCUGUUUCAUGAUGGAGUCCUUCACAUUCUUUUGGAACAGGUACGAAGUACCAGCCGUAGCGGGGACCAGGGAAAACCUCGAUGGUAAUCGCGGAAACGAUGCCAACAAUGUAGAACAACAAUACACAUUGGACGCAGCCCGACAAGAAUCAGCUUUGUCGUUGUCGCCGGCAACGACGACGUAUCCGCGCAGCCAUCAUUCCUCAGGAGGUGCAGAGUCUCCGAACCGAUCUCCUGAACACGUUCUGCGAGUCACAAUGGUACCCCAACAUCAUCAACAAGGUCAACUCCACUACACAUACAGUCAGGGGCGAAUGUCGCGAUCAAGCUCACAAGCAAUCUUUCGGACAGACGAUGACGGGUCAGAGUCAUGCUUGUUCUUCCUCGAUGGCGAAGUUGUGAUUCCUGGACAGCUCACUUCCCACACUGCUGCCAACCGCAGUGAUAACCAACCUGGUGAAGCGACGGCGCGAAUGCGCCGGGCUUACGACAGCAUGUCCACACUUCAAAGCGCUGUCGGCCAAUUCGGAACAAUCACCGACGAAGCCGCGGCCAGUGGUCUACAAGCCAUAUAUGAUCUUUCACCUUAUUUUCACAACUCUGUGCAGGGACCAGCUAUAGGCGAGAACACAAUGAGCACCGUCCCGUCCUUUUCCACGCUGGAUUCUUCGCGUUUCAGAGGCGCCCGUCAACGGCAUCGUGGCACAGAUUGACAAUCAAAGACAAAUUCGCUUUGUAAAAAGUGCCAAAAGUAGCUCGUAGACUGGUUAUCUACAUGUAGUACCGUAGGCAUUCAGCUAAAAUCUUAUAAUCAUACAGUUUCAAGAUUU